AUGAGAUUAAUUGUUUUACUAUUAUCAUUGUGUCAAAUCAGUUUAGCUUUUAUUCAAUUCCCAAAUUUAGAUAGAAGAGAUGAUGACUUAAUGGAUGAAGAUUGCAAAGGAUGCGUAUCAGCUGAACAGAUUUUACUGGAAAGAUGUGGAAGUUCUGCUACACCACAGCAAGAAAGUGAAGUUCAUGAAUUUUAUUCAUGUGUUUGUAGAUUACCAAAUGAAUUCUUUAGACAUCUCAGUCAUUGUGCUGAAAAUUGUGAUGAAUUUGAGAAGGUAAAUUUAAAUUAUGAUGAAAAGUAUUUGAGAAAUGAAUAUUGUCGAUUAGCUGAUCGAAUUUCAUCAAUAAUAAGUGAAUUACAAUUUCAACUAUUUACUUCUGAAAUAGGAAGAAUUAAUACUUCAUUAAUGACUGAUCAAGCUGCUGAAACAACUACUGGAAGAACUCAAGGAGCAGCCACUGAAGGUGCAGCUACAACUCAGACUAGAAAUUCUGGUAUUUCGGUUACAUUACCUUCGUCUGUACUUGGUUUCAUCUUACUUAUUAUGAUGAUGCUAUAA